AUGAACAGACUCCCUGCCAUCAUUCGCGUAUUUCCUCGAGUUGGUAUUGAAAGGAGCGCACUGGGCACGAGGAGAGCCAGAUCGUUGGAAACUGUUGCCCCUUCAAUUGCACCUGCGAGUAUUCGAUUAUACUCGUCGGGACAUGAAGAUGAAUCCUUCGAGGCAUUUACCGAUCGCUACGUUAAAUACUUUGAAAACGCCGAGGAUUUGUUUGACUUGCAACGAGGCUUAAACAAUUGCUUUGCUUACGACUUGGUUCCUGCCGUCCCGAUAAUUGAGGCAGCACUCAAUGCUGCCCGACGUAUGGAUGAUUAUUCUACUGCAGUUAGAAUUUUUGAGGGCCUUAAACAAAAAGUUGAGAAUCAGCAACAAUAUAAUUUAUACUUGGAAGAAUUGAAGCCUCUUAAGGAUAAACUGGGAAUUUUGACAGCAGAAGAGAUGUCAACGUGA